CCAAUGGCCCCGACCAGAGUGCAGGCCUGGGUCCUCCAGGUUUGCGCGCCGCGGACUCUGCUACUGGCCACAAAGCACCCGCUUCCCUUCCCGCUGGGGCUCGGUCCCACCCCGCCCCGCCCCGCCCCCUCGGGGUUCCAGCCUUUUGGCGAAGUCUUUGCAGGGCUUGACUAGGAGGAGGAGCAGAGGAGGAAGGCGGCAGGGACAGCGACACGGAGGCGGGAGACAGGAGGACCGCACCGCGCCAGGACCCUUGGGGCACGAUCGGGGCGCUCGCGUGUGUGUCUCCGCGUACAUGCCCACGCGCCCACGUGUGUGAGCUCACUAGACGGCGUGCACCAGCGCGUCCCCGAGAGGAACCAUUUGCAGUGGGAUCCUAAGCAUGCGCCAUGGAGAACUACUCCUGACACUUUGGGAUCUUAUAGUUGAAAGCACUUCGGGGGAACAUUGUAUUUCCCGGCCCCGCAUUAGCGUGGUAGAAGGGGAACCUUUUUACCUCAAAUGCUGCUCAUCUUCAUCAGCUCCAGAGAAUGAAGCAGCCACCCUGAAAUGGUACAGAAGCACCCCACCCCAACGGCGGACUGAGCUACAACUGGGCCCCACAGCCCGGAUCACACUGCAUAAGGACAUGUUGGAGUUUUGGCCGGUGAAGUUAGAGGACCAGGGAUCCUACUUUUGCCAGCUGGGAAAUGAUACUCAGGAGUGGGUGCUGAAUGUUAUCAGAAGAAAUAAUCAGAGCUGUUUUACUGAAAAACAAGUAAAAAGUCAAACCGUGAGAGUUAGAAAGUCUUUGCAGAUAUCCUGCAGUAAUAGUUACUACAGAGAUCAGAUCCACAGAACUUCUCUGUACAAGGACUGUAAAAAAAUAGCCGAGAGCCAUCUGUUCUAUCUAGCGCCCCUGCUGAAGAACGCGGAGUUUGAGGACCAGGGCUAUUACUCCUGCGUGUUUUCUCUUCGUCACGAUGGGAAACUGUACAGCAUCACCAAGACCCUCAAUGUCACAGUAGUCAAAGAUCCCAGUGAGGUAAUUCCAGUUAUUCUUGGGCCAAAGCUGACCCAAGUUGAAGUGGAACUAGGAGCAGAUGUGGAGCUCAACUGUUCUGCUUUGCUGAAUGAGAAGGACUACUUUUACUGGAUCUUCCAGAAAGAAAAUGCAUCAGCUCCCAAUGUGCAUGAAGACCACAGAAGGAGCUCUUGGACUUUAGAAGGCAAACUAUAUGCUUCGAGAAUCCUGAGAAUUAAGAAAAUUCGUGAAGACAAUCUGAAUGUUUUAUACAAUUGUACCGUGAGCAGUACCAGGGGCACGGAUAGCAAAAGCUUCAUCUUGUUGAGGAAAGAUGCGGCUGAUAUCCCAGGCCACGUGUUCACUGGAGGGAUGAUUGCGGCCACUGUGGUCUCUGUGGUGGUCCUAUGCCUGGCGGUCAUGUGUGUCAUCUACAGAGUAGACCUGGUUAUGUGUUACAGACGCUGGACGGGAAGAGAUGAAACGCUAACAGAUGGCAAGACAUACGAUGCCUUUGUGUCCUACCUGAGGGACUGUCAGCCCGAGGACGGGGAGGAGUACACUUUCGCUGUGGAGACUUUGCCCACAGCGCUGGAGAAACACUUUGGGUACAAGUUAUGCAUAUUUGAGAGGGAUGUGGAGCCCGGAGGAGCUGCCCUUGAUGACCUCCAUUCACUGAUCCAGAAGAGCCGCCGGCUGAUCAUCGUCCUCAGUAAGAGUUACAUGUCUCACCAAGUCAGGUACGAACUCGAGAGUGGGCUCCAUGAAGCACUGGUGGAAAGGAAAAUUAAAAUAAUCUUAAUUCAGUUUGCACCUGCCGGCGACUUCAUGUUCUUGCCACAAUCACUGAAGCUUUUGAAAUCGCACAGAGUUCUCCAGUGGAAGGUGGACCAGUCUCCAUCCUAUAACUUGAGGUUCUGGAAAAACCUUCUUUACUUAAUGCCUGCAAAAGCAAUCAGGCCAGACAGGGGCAGCUCAGAGGUCCUGCCUGUCCUUGCUGAAGUGUCCUAGCAUCUAGAGCAGCUGAGUGUCCCAAAGACCUCUAGUGAACCUGGGCUCCAAGCAUGUGAACCUGUUCAGAGCAGACCCUCGUUCAAAACAUGUAACUCUCUACAAACCCCACUUGGUUCCUGAAGAGGAGAUUCAUCAUUAGAUCAUCAGGGUGAGGCUCAAUCUUGAGCUGGUCCUGUUCUUCCAGAGAUCCUGGAAUUCAGAGGAGCUGCAGCUAGAGAUUUCCUGGCAGCUGCUGGCACCCAUUCUGUGAUCAGAGAGCAUGACACUGGGUCCUAUGCAGACGCCUGUGCCUGCCAAUGGGAAUCACAUGGCAGCGUCCAGUCCUAACAGUAACUGUGCUCUAGCGGACUUCAAAUGCAGGAAGAAAGGAGCUGUAUUAGC